AUGUCAUCUGAAUUUAUCUUCGGUUGUUCUUCUAACUAUUGUUGGAGGAACAAUAAAGCUUUUGAUUUAUACCAAAAGAUAAAUUAAAAUCAAAGUGUUUUUAAAAGUAAAAGAAACUCAAGAGCAUUUAAUUAAAGAAUAUUCUCAACACAAUUCACUUUAGAAGAAGCAUAGUGA